UCUUGACAGCGGCCCGGCCUGUCACGGGGCUCUGUACAGCCCUCUCCACCCUCGCGGCUGCCAGCGUUCCGCCCCGUCCCCUCCCAGCCCCUGAGGGAGGAGGGGAGAGCGGGAGCGAGGAGGGGGGUCGGAGAGGCCCGGCAUUAUAAAGGCGGCUGGACUAGCACUGCCCGCCAGACCCCGCCGCCCGGAUCCCCUGCGCAGCCCGCCGCCCCACGUGACUGCACCGACGCCCCCAGCUCCGCCGCAAGCGCGAGUCGCAUCGCCUCUCUGAGCCUCAGUUUCCGCAUCUGCCAAAUGGAGGCAAUAUAAUUGGUUCCAAGUUCCCUGAAGAGCUGUUUCGAGGGCCCGCUCGCCAUGGCCCUUCUCGGGGCCCUCCUCCUAGCGUUUCUGGUAGGCGCUCAUGCGGAGCUCCCCGGCUGCAAGAUCCGCAUCACCUCCAAGGCGCUGGAGCUGGUGAAGCAGGAGGGCCUGCGCUUUCUGGAACAAGAGCUGGAGACCAUCACCAUUCCGGACCUGCGGGGCCGGGAAGGCCAAUUCUACUACAACAUCUCGGAGGUGAAGGUCACAGAGCUGCAGCUGACAUCCUCUGAGCUCCAUUUCCAGCCAGAGCAAGAGCUGGUGCUACAGAUCAGCAACGCGUCCUUGGGGCUGCGUUUCCGGAGGCAGCUUCUCUACUGGUUCUUAUAUGAUGGGGGCUACAUCAAUGCCUCUGCCGAGGGUGUGUCCAUCCGCACUGCUCUGCAGCUCUCCCGGGAUGCCACUGGCCGCAUCAAAGUGUCCAACGUCUCCUGCCAGGCCUCGGUCUCCAGAAUGCACGCAGCCUUCGGGGGAACCUUCAAGAAGGUGUACGAGUUCCUCUCCACAUUCAUCAUCUCGGGGAUGCGCUUUCUCCUGAACCAGCAGAUCUGCCCUGUGCUUUACCACGCAGGGACGGUGCUCCUCAAUUCACUCCUGGACACUGUGCCUGUUCGCAGCUCUGUGGAUGAGCUGGUUGGCAUCGACUACUCCCUCCUGAAGGACCCGGUCGCUUCCGAUAGCAACCUGGACAUGGACUUCCGGGGGGCCUUCUUUCCUCUGGCUGAGGGGAACUGGAGCCUGCCCAACCGGGCGGUAGAGCCCCAGCUGCAGGAGGAGGAGCGGAUGGUGUACGUGGCCUUCUCAGAGUUCUUCUUUGACUCUGCCAUGGAGAGUUACUUCCGGGCAGAAGCCCUGAAGCUGUCCCUGGUGGGGGACAAGGUGCCCCACGAUCUGGACAUGCUGCUGAGAGCCACCUACUUUGGGAGCAUUGUCCUACUGAGCCCAGCGGUGAUCGACUCCCCGCUGAAGCUGGAGCUGCGCGUCCUGGCCCCACCUCGCUGCACCAUCAAGCCCUCGGGUAGCACGGUCUCCGUCACUGCCAGUGUCACCAUAGCCCUGGUCCCACCUGACCAGCCCGAGGUCCAGCUGUCCAGCAUGACCAUGGACGCCCGUCUCAGCGCCAAGAUGGCACUCCGGGGGAAGGCGCUGCGCACCCAGCUGGACCUGCGCCGGUUCCGAAUCUAUUCAAACCAGUCCGCUUUGGAGUCACUGGCACUGAUCCCACUGCAAGCCCCUUUGAAGACCAUGCUGCAGAUUGGGGUGAUGCCCAUGCUCAAUGAGCGGAUGUGGCGGGGGGUGCAGAUCCCACUACCCGAGGGCAUCAACUUCGUGCGUGAGGUGGUGACGAACCAUGCGGGCUUCCUCACCAUUGGGGCCGACCUCCACUUUGCCAAAGGGCUGCGAGAGGUGAUUGAGAAGAACCGGCCUGCCGACACCCGGGACCCCUGGACAUCCAGUGCCUCUCCGCCCUCCACAGCGGCUGCCUGAGUCCUCAAGCCCACCCUGGGAGGGGCUUUUGGGACUCCAGACGCCUGUCAUCCCCUCCCCCAGGACCUUCCACCCCCAGCCUAUAGUGUCCUAACCCCCAGUGCCACAGAGAAGACAGGGCUUUAAGCUGUACCCAAUUUAAUUCCAUAAUCAGUCAAUCCAUUGAUUACAGUCCGUCCACCCUCCCCAUGGGCUGGGCUGAGCUCUGCUGUGUUCCAGUGCAUGAAGGGAGGGGCCAGGCCCCACCCCAGUCAGGAAUAAAGUGCUAACUCCCCCA